GACUUAGUGGCUUGACAUUCUGAAAUAUAUUGCUUCCUAGUGUCUUUAUAUCUCUCUCUCUCUCUCUCUUGUUUUUUUCCUCUCUCUUCUCUACAAUCAAGAUAGAAAGUCGUCUAAAUGAAGAGAUCAGUAGCACAACUGGUGAUUCUGUGUCUCAUUGUGUCAUGCAUCAAUGGAGAAACUAAAACUCUUAGAAGGAACUCCGAUGGAUCGGAAGCUUGGGGAUACGCCGAAGUUAGACCAAAAGCACAUAUGUUUUGGUGGCAUUAUAAAAGUCCGUAUAGAGUUGAAGAUCCUUCCAAGCCAUGGCCUAUUAUCCUCUGGCUCCAAGGUGGACCUGGAGCUUCAGGGGUUGGAAUAGGGAAUUUUCAGGAGGUUGGUCCAUUAGACACAUUUCUCAAGCCUAGAAAUUCAACUUGGUUGAAAAAAGCCGAUCUCUUGUUUGUGGAUAGUCCAGUUGGUGCAGGAUACAGUUUCGUGGAGGAGAAGGGUUUGUAUGUGAAAAGUGAUGAAGAAGCAGCAAAGGACUUGACCACACUAUUGCAAAAACUCUUCAACAAAGACCAAAUUUUAAACAAAAGCCCUCUCUUCAUUGUUGCUGAAUCUUAUGGUGGUAAAAUUGCGGUUAAGCUCGGUUUAUCGGUUAUUGACUCGGUUCAAUCUGGCAAAUUGAAACUUCAUCUUGGAGGAGUGGUUUUGGGAGAUAGUUGGAUAUCCCCUGAAGAUUUUGUGUUUUCGUGGGGGCCUCUUCUCACCACUGUCUCGAGGCUUGACUACAAGGGCAUGGAUCUCUCUAAUAGCUUAGCUGAGAAAAUUAGAAAGCAACUUAAGAAUGGUGAAUACGUCGAAGCCACGGAAACGUGGAUGGAACUCGAAUCCCUAAUUACCGUCAACUCCAAUUCCGUCGAUUUUUACAAUUUUCUAUUGGAUUCUGAUAAUGACCCUCUCUCGCUUACAACGAGCGAAGAAACUAGAAAAGAAAAUAGAAUAUUAAAAAAGUAUUCGAGAUAUUUAAAUGAUUUGAGAAGUUCGGGUGAUGUGGAUAAAGGAGACCUUAAUAAAUUAAUGAAUGGUGUUAUCAAAAAGAAGCUCAAGAUUAUUCCUAAAGACCUCACAUGGGGGAACAAUUCGGGUGAUGUGUUUACAGCGAUGCAAGCUGAUUUUAUGAGACCCACAAUCGAAGGCGUCGAUGAGCUUCUUGCCAAAGGGAUAGAUGUGACCAUCUAUAAUGGACAACUUGAUGUUAUCUGCUCAACAAGUGGAACUGAAGCAUGGGUUCACAAGCUGAAGUGGGAGGGGCUACAAGAGUUUAAGAAGAUGGAAAGGGAGCCAUUAUUCUGUGAAAAUGAUAGGUCAAAAACAAGAGGUUUCACAAAAUCAUUCAAAAAUCUCCAUUUCUAUUGGAUUCUUGGAGCUGGUCAUUUUGUACCAGUAGAUGAGCCAUGUGUUGCAUUAAAAAUGGUUGGAGAGAUAACGAAGUCACCACAACUUUGAUUCUUUGUUCCAAACUUUCACAUCACAAAUAUGACGCAACGCAAGAGAUAAAGAGACCAUUCAGUCUGAUUGGUUUUAUAACUCAAAAACUUUUUUAAUAUAAAAAACAAAAGUUAUUUCA